UCAUCGACCCAAAUUACUUGAGCAAAUUCGACAGUUCAAAAAAAAAAACAUUGCAGUUUUACAUCCGAGAAGGAGAGCGGAGGAGUGUUAAUUUGGUCGAUGGCGCACAUGGCGGCCGCGGACGGCUCGCUGCGGAGGCUGUUCGAGAAGCCGUUGCCGGAGAACCCGAGUCUGCUGGAGGUGCUAGCGGCUUGCAGCAACCACAGCCACCAGAAGAAGCAUCUGCUGCCGGCCGUCGACCCGACGUCCUUCACGGAGAUCUUCGGCGAGCUCCACUUCCACGAGAGGCCUGAGGCCCGAUUCGUACUGCCGACGCCACCACCACAGCCUGCCGCAGCAGUUCCUGCUCGAGGAGCGACGAUGGUGUCGUGGCUCGACGCCGCUGAUCGUCAGGCUGCCGAGAAGAGCAAGGACGACUCGUCGCUGGACGCGCUCCUCAGGCCGCCGAAGCCCGCGAGCUUCAGUUUGAAGAAGAGCGCGAGCUUCUGCCUGAAGAAGAGCUCGGCGUCGCUGCUGCUGUGCACGGAGGGGCUCGGGUCCGAGAGCACCGUGGACUCCGACGACAUGGUCAAGGGCGACGACGGCGAUGCCGCCCUGACCCCCGGGAAGGAGUCGAUGCCGGAGGAAGCGACGCACGGAGACGCGGGGCCAUGGCUGCUGGGAGGAAGCAAGGACAAGGAACCGCCAUCGUUCCCGCCUGCGAUACGGUCGAUCGGCCGCGGUGGGAAGCCGUGCGUGUGCUUCCGGACGUUCCGCACGGAUGGGCGGUUCGUGCUCACGCAGGUGGUAAUCCCCGGGAAGGAGAUUCUGCACGCGUCCCGCGAGGGCGGCCGCCUCAGGCUCCGGUUCGCCAACGCCGCCGCCGCCGCCGCCGGCGACGAGGAUGACGAGGAGCUGGAGCUCGGAGACCAAGAAGAUCGCGAACACGGAACCUACAACACAUGCAUCGGCGCAUGCGCUUGAUAGGCACUUUGUUUGUUAACACAAGGAGAAUACGCGGGUUUAGUGUGGUGACGAGCACGUGCGAUUGUAAUAGUUUAUUAUUUGAAUUUGAAUGUUAAUGUUUGUUUUAUCAACAAAGAUAUUUGCUUCUUCAAAA